AUGAGCGAGGACGACGAACAUCCCCUUCAAGAGGAGCUCAACAAUGCAGCUUCCCUCGGUGAUCUCGAAUGCAUGAAAACCCUUUUGAGCACGACAGAUGUUAAUAUUAAUGGCGGAACUGGAACUCCCUACCGCACGGCUCUUCACGAAGCCGUUACAAAUGGGCGAGACCAAGUGGUCCAACUUCUCCUGGACUGGAAUGCAGAGAUCGAGGUCAAAGACCACUCCGGCUCAACUCCACUCCAUUGUGCGGUGAAGUACAAUCGCAGCAAAAAUCUUAUCAGGAUGCUUUUAGAUCAUGGGGCCAACGUUAAUGCGGACAAUUAUCGCGGAAGUGUUCUGCGAGAAGCCUGCUGGCGGUCCUACCAGGAAGCCAUUUACCUACUACUGGACUAUGGGGCCGAUGUCAACUCCCCUAACCAGCCCAGACAAAGUGCACUGCAAGCUGCGACAAAUUAUGCACAUGAAGAUAUCGUACACAUGCUACUGAAAAAGGGCGCGGAAGUUAGUUUCAGGAGUAGCGAUUGCGAAAGCGCCUUGAUGCUAGCCGUCAACAGGGUUGAUACAUCCAAAAUCUGCCUACUUCUUCAGUACGGCGCGAAAAUCGAUGGCAGAAUUUUGGAUAUGGCAGUGAUAAGAAGGCACGAGAAGACCCUGCAUACACUUUUAGAAGCAUCCCCUUCUGCCUUUGAUGUGGACUGUAAUUAUGAACUUGCGUUGGAAACGAUUGCAGCUGCUUUGAAGAAGACCACGCCCCCGGCGCUCGAAAACAACAGCUUUGGCUGUACUGUGGCUCAGGUACGGUCUGUUUGGGAGGAUGGGUUAGGCGCAUAUAAAUAUCCUUGGGGUGAGGAUUUUCUAGUUGACCGAUGGAGAUCUGGGUCACCGGACGAGAGAGCUAGGAUUGCUCACAAGUUCGGUAUAGACCUCAUCAAGCGAGCUUCAAGCCCAAAGUCUCAUUUUGAGAAGCUGAAUGAGAGGAUAUCAAGGGGACUGUUGUCUGGGUUUCAGGCUCUUCCUAUGAAGGGGGAACUGGAUGACAACGACAUUAUCAACCGAGCUUGCAAACUCUUGUCUCAGCUACCAUCGACUUCACCGCCUCUAUUUUCCAUAAAGCUAGCACAGGAUACAAUCUCAAGCGAAGUUUUUGACAAAUAUUUCUUCGUGGAUACGAGAAUCAAUUCAACGCCGCACUGGGAUGAUUUGAGGGUGACGAGUCUGACGAGCGCGCUCGUGGUUCAAGUGGCGCUGCGCGUUUCGUGGGCAGAGGCUAGACAGGCUAGAGGACAAGAUAAUCCCUUUCUCUGUACCCAAGGAGUAGCACAAAUUCGGCUUCGAGAAUCGAUCCUAUCUACCAUCAUCUUUUCAGACUGGAAUGUUCGGGCAUGGACCUUUCUCGAAGCCAUGCAAAGCCGAGAAAAGAUCAUGUUCCUUUGCAAACACAAUAGAAUCUUCUCUGUGCGUGAAAAUGUCGAAAUUGUUAUGACCGAGGGUAGCCUUGACAUCGGCACUGCCUUCCUGACAACACCACAUUUGCUGCCACAGUCACUGGUGGAGUUGGUGCAACCGACUGAGGAGGAAGAGGAAGAGAAAAACAGCUGGUUGGAUUUCUUUGACAAACAUGACUCCCGCUCAGAUGAUGAGCCUGAAGAUAACAGCACGCUCGAAACGGCGGCUUUCUGUCUCCAACAUCGACCUGCGUCACGGGAAGGAGAUGCAUUCAUUAUCUGGACAAUUCUUGCCGAUGCGCCAACUCUUCGCUCACCCGAAGACUUCUGGAGAAGUAAAAAGGGCACAUUCCUAUCAACAGGGUUUCUGAUGUCUGAAGUAUCUCGCCUGAAGACAAAGGGAUUAAGCUGGGCCCCCUCCGAUCCCAUCGCAUGCAAAAUACCCAGCCUGCUCAACGGAGAUAGCAGCCAGCACCGCGAGGCUAAUAUGAUGCCAACAGAGAAAGGUGAGAUUAGAGAUGAAGGAUUUUCUGCAUUUUGGCAAGUCUUUUACUUGGAACCGUCGGCUCGCAAAAAUUGUGAGUCUCUUUCGGAAGAUGCAGCUUUUGCAGGAGACAUUGGGGAGGCAGUUCGCUCCCAUUUCUCGACUCGAAAUAAAAUAGCUUUAUUACGGCCGGCUCUCCAGACCACAUGGCGUGCUUCUGGAGGUAAAAUUGUAGCUGAUAUUAAGAGAUUGGCGUUACCUAUUGUGGCUGUCUGUGAGUAUUGCCCGGACGAUAAUGGGUGGAAAUGGCUGGGCGUCCGGACAUUAGAUCCGGACGGCUACUUGCCCGAUUUUCUGUAUGAAAACAUUUUGUUGGUUUAG